GGACGCAUCCCCGGUGAUGGAAAUGACAGACGAUGGACGAGCCGAACUGGCCAAGACUAGCUCCACCUUGCCAGAGAAACAGAAUCCUGUUGCUGCAGGAGGAACAGAAGCAGGUGAAGAAGGAGAUUGUGGUUUUCUACUAGAUCAGAGUGGAGCCUGGUGUGGUCUUCUCCUGUGGCUGCAGUGUGAAAGUGAACCAGAAGAGAUUCCUUUCGGCCUCACAUUUUCGGACUCAUGACGGAUCGCGGAUUUGCACCACGGGGAUACUUUCAAUGAUGGUUCGCCUCAAAUGUACAUUUUCACGGAGCAGCAGCAGCAGCAGCAGCAGCAGCUGAGGUUUCUUCCGAAGUGCGAGUGGAUAGUCGCAGAGUGAUGGAUACACACGAGUGCGCAGUGCUGAAACUUUUUGCUGUCGGAAUUCUGGUAAAUGUCUGGAUGACGAGAGGGCUGUCGGCCGCCGACGGCCUCAGCACGGAGCCCACCCCGCCCCGGCCGAGGGAAGCCUGCAACGAGUCCCGUCUUCAGUGGGAUGUGGAGGUCUGUGGAGAGGACUUCAAGCGGGACAUGGCGCACAUAGAUCCACAGUACUGGUGUAACCUCACACACUUCAUCAGUGAGUACCACCACUUCACCCUCUGCACAGAGACAAAGUCCCACGACGUCCACUGCUACUGGCCCAACCCGCUGGUGGAGAGCUACAUCAUCCACAUACACAAGCACUUUUUCACCAACUGCACCAUGGAGCGGGUGGUAUGGGUGGACCCGCCGGAGGACACGCUCACCAUCCUCAUCCUCGUCCCCGUGUUCCUCACGAUGGCCAUGAUCGCCCUGGUGGUCUGGUGCAGCAAGAGGAGUGAUAACAUGGCCUAGGAGGAGGGUAGGAUGGUGGAGGAGGAUGAAGAUGGACUGAAUUCACGCUCCCAUCCUCUUUUUACUGAAAACAGCACAACAAAGGAGGUGCACGGGGGGUUUGGGGGAUUGUGUCUGUUUGUCAAAUGUUUCUUAAGUGGCUCUACAAACCACCCACAUGUACUGCCGAGACGAGGAGAGUAGUCCCUGGUUACAGUUUUUUUUUGGUUACAGUAAAUGACAUUUACAUGUGACUAAAUUGCUACAGCAAAAUUUUGGCUGGAUUGUAUGUUCAGGGGCAACAUAUUACAUAUUCUAAAACAAAUGAGGAGCUUUUAUGAAAAGCUGCAGAGGCAACAGGAAACGGAUGGGUUGGAUGGUGGGUGUGCAAACCUCACAACUCUCUCCAGAGACCAGGUUCACAUUCUGAGUUGACCCUCAGUGGUUCAGGCAACAGCUGCACGUGGUUAGUGAAAGAUGGUGGUUUUGGUUCAAUGUAGAUAAUCAGGUUGUGUCUUAUUCUACAUUAACAGACAAGGAUCUGUAUAGAUAUGUCAUGUUUAGGAGACUGGGGUUCUUCUUUUCAAGCACAAAUAGCACAGAUUUGGUAAAUUUACUUUUUCACUUUCUUGCUUGAGAUGCACGAUGGAAGAAGAUGGAUACCACCAGUCCGCGAAAUAUUGGAAGGUAGCCAGCAGCAGGUUAACAAAUCUGAGCAUAAGCUAAACUGGCUUUGUCCAAAGGUUACAAAAAAAAUGAAUCUGCCCACCAGCCCCUCCACUGAUGAAAACUUGUCACAUUUCUUUGAUCUGCACUAAACCAAAUUUUGAACAAGAACUCACUGUCUGACGGCGUGAUAUGUGUCGACUGUGUCUUGACAGAAACCUGUGCUCAUGCAACUAGUGGCGACUCCAGGCAGGUUAUGUUUGGACAAAUGCACAAGCCUGAAACUCUCCUUUAAAAUGAACUGACUGUGUCGCGUUGGUCACAGAAGCUAGGAGAAGGAUCUGACUGAGACACAGAGGAUGUUGGUGGUUCAGUUGACGUCACUUAAUCAGGGAACUUGCCCAGCGGGGCAAUUGACCAAAUGUUGGGGCAUUCGGUCAUUCUGCACACGGAACUGGACCGCGGAGCUCAGAGAUUCUCGUCGGAGCACUGUAUCGUCGUCGAAGGCCAAAGUAUCCACCGAGCAUCAGGGGCUGUGACUGAACUGUACACUGGUGGACAGAAGUCUCCCAGAGGACACUUGUUAAAUCGUUCAACGUGACGGCUCGGAGGGGUGACAAAGAGGCGGACUGAACAUUGAGACUGCAACUCUGAUCUCACUGUUGAGAUACUGAAUAGACGGUUGCCACUGGAAAUGAAAGAAAAAAACACACUGGUAUUAAACCCAAAGACGAGGCAACACUAUGAUUUCUGUAUUUUGGGACUUCUUGUGACUUUUUGUGUGACUACCUGAGCCUCAAUGGACUGUUAUGUAACAGUGUAACUUAUCACAUACUGUUGAAUAAAUUACUGUUCAUAAUCACAAAGUGGAAACAACAUAACUAUGAGAUGACAUUGAGACCUCAUCCUGUACAGUUAUACUCUGUUCUGUGCCGUCUACUGUAUCUGCACUGCCUCCUCCAUGUUACUCGUAGAGUGGAAAUGAAACUAUUGUACACACUUUGUCUGUUCAAUGACAAAUGUCAAUGUCAGUCCUCACUAGGCAAACUGAACCCAGCACAGAUUUUUAAUGUUCUCGCGGAGCGUUAGACAUCCGUCUGUGUAAGUCGGCUCACACAUCAGAUGCUGUCUGUGAUUAAAUACCAAGUCUCUUGGUUUCUCUGCAUCGCUACACGAUGAAAACAACAUUCACUGGCAGUUUUGCGAUGCGAUGAAUCGUAGCUCAUCUCUUAACGAAUGUAUGGCAAAGCCACAGACGUGUGCUGUCUGCUGCCUCCUGGUUCUCUGAUCCAUCGUUGGCGUUAAGCAGAGUUUCCCUCAGAUAAAACUGAUCAAGGCGGGAGGUAAGACUCUCACCAUAUGAUCAUGGCUCAUUGUGAUACGGAUCCAGCUGGUCGGCACAAAUUUUAACCAACUUUGAAUAUCAGUCAUUAAUCUUGAUAUUUCUUCAUGUUCUAAGACCUCGAUUUUCUUUUUGCCCAAGAGGUUGUGACAUGCUCUUCUUAUUAAUUAUCAAGCGAACGUGAUCAAUCCAUUAGUCAAGCUGAUGGAGUUCAUCUCGUCCAUGAACACAUGGCAUUUACUGUCAUGUCGCACCACUGCUGGUUUCAUGUUAUAUUCUUAUUUAAAAGUGUGUUUCAACCCCAACAGAAACACUGCAGAAGAAAACUGUUUAAUAACCUGAAGUGUAUGAGAACAAAAUAAAAACGAUUGAAGCAUGAAGUCUACUAUAAGAAAGCUGGUCUCAGCAUCUUUAAGAAAUUAUAUAAAUUCCCUUUACUCUUCCACUCUCUGUGGAGUCUUUAGUAGCAGUAUUUUAUUGUAAUGAACUCCGAAGCACAAGCUUCAGUCAAUUCAGUCUAGCCCAAGGAGCUGAAUCCACAAUGAUUUAAAACCCUGUUAAUACCGACGCUGUCCAGAUUUAUCACAUCCCAGCUGACGAACCCGUCUGGAGUCGUCCACCGGGCUGCGCCAGCCACCUCCGCGCUCCCUGAAGCCUCCCCCUAGUUAUCAAAGUCCUUUUUAACCUGUCGUCUGAGGAGUGUGGAAAUGUGUGUGUGUGUGUGUGUGUGUGUGUGUGUGUGUGUGUGUGUGUGUGAACAUCCAUCACUGUCAAAAAGGAAAUGAUCAAUCAUUACCGGCUCACAAUCGUCACAUCCUGAAGGGAUCAUUUUAUCAUCUGCUCACUCAGUUAUUUCCUGUAUAUACUAUUUAAGGUCACAAAUAAAGUCGAAUCAAAGCCA